AUGGAUUUCGAGGAGUCCUCCAUGUCGGACCCUUUUCUCGAACAUUCACUGGUCUUUCAUGACACGCUACUGUCAUCACAAGUCGCACUAGACACAGUUGCCGACGAGACCAUAUCAUCGUCGUCUUUCCUGACUACUUCGUUUGGCACCUCCGUAUCAGAGCCCAGCAGUCUAAACCGAACUGAUGGCCAGAUCUUGAUCUUGCAGGUGUCUCCAAAGAUGCUGAUCACACCACUUGGCUCAAUGCCUAGCGCACAACAUCUCCGGCACAUCUACCCUCAAACGCCGACUCCGAAUGUGCUUUGCGUUCUAAUGGCCCCACCUGAGAGACGAGAGGUUUACAUCCGAAGAGGCGGGUAUAACAUGGAUUUGUACGAAAUAACUGUCGCCGACGACACAAGCUCAGGCUUUAAAGUGACUUUCUGGAUUCGCCCUCCCCGAGAAUCAAACAACGAGCAGUCAAAUACUCAAGAGCCACUGCUACAAAUACUGGAGAACCUUCACGUAGGCGACACAUUACUUUUGCGUAACAUUGCGCUCACGUCUUUCCGUGAUACUGUACACGGCCAAUCUCUGAAUCCUUCGAUUGCACGAGCCAGAACCACCAUCGAUGUCUUGAUGAAGAGCACUGGCGUCACUAUAGGGAAGAUAGAAGGACUGCCGGAGCCGGUCGUCCAGGCGUUCCAGCGAGUCAAGAGAUGGGCGAGGACGCAUGUUGCUGCUGCAGAGGGUGGUUCGAGGAAGAGAAGAGGCACAUCGACAGGACAUAAUACGCCUGGAAAGCGAAGACUAGCAAGUUCACGGAAUGGUGAAUUGCUGCCUCCAGACACUUUCCCGGGAUGA